AUGUCUUUCCGCGGUGGUGGUGGUGGUGGUUUCAGAGGUGGACGCGGCGGCGGUGGUUUCGGCGGUAGCCGUGGAGGUCGCGGUGGUUUCGCUCCCCAAGGUCCUCCCGACCAGGUCUACGAGAUGGGCACUUUCAUGCACGCUUCCGAGGGCGAGAUGGUCUGCACUUCGACCAACGUGAAGAUCCCUUACUUCAACGCUCCCAUCUACCUCGAGAACAAGACCGCUGUCGGCAAAGUCGACGAGAUUCUCGGCCCCAUCAACCAGGUCUACUUCACCAUCAAGCCCCAAGAGGGUAUUGUCGCAACUUCUUUCAAGAACGGCGACAAGUUCUACAUCGGCGGCGACAAGCUUCUCCCCCUUGAGAGAUUCCUUCCCAAGCCCAAGCCCGCUCCCGGUGCUCCCAAGGUCAAGAAGCCCGCAGGUCGCGGUGGUGCCCGUGGUGGAUUCGGUGGUGGCCGUGGUGGUCCUCGUGGCGGUUCAAGAGGUGGCUUCGGUGGCCGUGGCGGUAGCAGCUUCGGCGGCCGUGGUGGCUCAAGGGGCGGAUUCGGUGGUGACCGCGGUGGCCGUGGAGGUUUCCAAAGCCGUGGUGGCUCUGGUGGCUUUGGCGGUCGCGGUGGUGGCCGCGGUGGUGGUCGCGGCCGUGGUGGCUACUAA